AUGAUUGCCCCGGUGCAUGUCUUCGCCUUCGCAGAUUCGGCUCAUCCAAGCCUCUGUACCUUGGCCUCCUCGGUGGCCUUUGCGGGAGGCCGUCUCAAUGUCGUUGGUUUGAACUCAGCAGAAAGCUCUGGUGAAGUUCCACCCGAGGCCCUGGAGGUGAUUGCAGAAGCUUUGGCAGAGCAGGGCCAGGAGAAGGCGGUGGAAGGACAAAGAGUGUCGACCACCCUUCAUUGCACCAGCAAAGAGGAGUGCUUGAAAAGCCGUGGCUUAGCCAAGGUGCGAAAGUUCUUGGCCGUUUGGCCACACUUGAAGGCAUUCAGUGAUGACGAUUUGCUUCUGAUCAUGGAUGGCUAUGACGUCUCGUUCGAAGCACCCAGCUUGGAGCAUUUGGCCCUGGCCUUCCAACGCCUUCAGCGCGAGAUCGGGCCUGUGAUGAGCCUCCCGACUGGCCCAGUGAUCUUCAGUGGUGAAGCGAACUGUUGGCCCUUCCCACAUCCUUGGGGACCGGAGCCCUUUGUGUCCGGGGACUAUCGACCCAACUUCAUGUACCAGUACGAGCAACGUGAGAUGCGUGGGAAGGAGGUUUGCACCUUUUGGCGGCACCACAUGGUCCACCCAUCGAGAGUCAUUGGUCGAGAUGGGCACAACCGCACGCAGGUGCUGCCGGUCUUUUUGCCCUUCCUAAACAGUGGCGUCUUUAUGGGACGAGCCAGAAGCCUACAGCAGCUCUUUGCCUUCACGACGGAAGUGCUCCUACGCUUCGGUGACUUCGACGAUCAGGCUCUGAUCACUGUUGCCGCCCUGCAUGCCAAGUUCUUGAGAAGACCCUGGGUCCCCUUGCAAGUGGACCACUCAGGUGAGCUCUUUGCAUCCCUCCAUGGACUCUCACCGGAGCGUUUGUCCAAUGAUCUCAAAGCACCUCCCGCCUGCGAUUUCAAUGGCAGAGUGGAUCAUGGCUUCUUCAAAGCAGGGAGCCGGCCGCGGCGGCAAAGCAGAUGGAGCUUCGAGAACUUCGAGGCACCAUUCCGCCCAAAUCGGCCACCGCCCUUGAUUUGGCAUUUCAACGGCGACAAGAAGGAAUACUUCGAGACGAAGUGUCAUGAAUCUGUGGCCAUGGAGGCCUCGCUGAUGGGACACCUGGGCCACUGCGUUCUCAUGGAUGUGGACCAUGAGAGGGAGCUUUACUUUCUGGUCCAAGGACCUCAGGAGACCGAUGUGCAAAGCCGCAAGGUUGCCUGGCACAGGCUUUGCAGGAGAACUCCAGCUCCACCACAUUUGACUCAGUUGGCGGCCAUCAUGGCGGAGUCGAGGUCGACCGUGUGGCAGGUCAUUCACAACUUGCUUGUACAACUUUGCCGAAGUCCUGUGAUGGUGAGCUACAUCAGCGUGAGUGACCCCUUUACGAAGAUGCAUGAAAGGACUUGUGGAUAUCAUCCACUUCAUUGGUUAGACCUUGACUCCACGUCAGCCACAAGGAUGGCCUGGCAAGACACUUUGCGGUUGCGAUCCGAGAGCCAAGAGGCGGAGGUGCCAGACCAACACACAGACCCUGCUUGCAUCCUGGUGGACAGCACCGCGAAAUGCCAGUUUGAACCUGAUUGGGAGGCAUACUGCUCGUUGUGGGCUGCGGUCAACGCCACCUGGUCGUGCCUUCCGCCUCUUGGCCCUACGGCAUGA